CAAAGAAAAAAAAAAAAUGGAGGAAGAGAGAAGAUCGUCAAAGUUUAAGAGGAUUUGUGUUUACUGUGGUAGCAGUUCUGGGAAGAAACCUACAUAUCAAGAAGCUGCUAUUGAAUUGGGAAAACAACUGGUGGAGAGAGGGAUUGAUUUGGUGUAUGGAGGUGGAAGCGUGGGUCUGAUGGGUCUUGUUUCUCAGGCAGUUCAUGAUGGUGGGCGCCAUGUUCUAGGAGUGAUUCCAAGGACCCUCAUGCCUAGAGAGAUAACUGGUGAAACGAUCGGAGAAGUGAGAGCAGUUUCUGGCAUGCAUCAAAGAAAAGCUGAAAUGGCCAGGCAAGCUGAUGCCUUCAUUGCCCUCCCCGGUGGUUAUGGAACACUUGAAGAACUUCUUGAAGUCAUCACAUGGGCUCAGCUUGGAAUCCACCGUAAACCAGUGGGCCUGUUGAAUGUUGAGGGUUACUAUAAUUCCUUAUUAUCUUUCCUUGAUAAGGCCGUGGAUGAAGGCUUCAUCUCUCCAACAGCACGUCGCAUAAUCGUGUCUGCUCCGACAGCCCAACAGUUGGUCAGAGAACUUGAGGAACAUGUACCAGAGACCGACGAAAUCACAUCAAAGUUGAUCUGGGAAGAAGAAGUUCAAAGAUUUAAUUACACACCGACUGAAUCUGGGGUUCCUUCGUAAAAUAUGCUUUUCUUUGGAAUUUAGGAAUUUCAGUAUAUAUACAGUAUAUACGGUGAUGUUGCCGUAGGUUUGUCGCAGUAGAAUGUUUUUUGUGGGGGUUGAUGUUGAUCCAAUGCUCUUAGAAAUGACUCAGAGUUGCAAUAUACAUAUUUUGAAGAAGUAAAAAGAAAAAGGAAGGAAAUAUUAGUUUUCUUUUUCUUUUGUGGAUCUGUAGUAGCUAGG